ACACGAAUUUCGUUUAAACUACACAAAUAUAGUGAAACAUCCCGGAAAAUGACGACUUCGGAACAAAUAGGACUGAACAAAACUUGGGAACUUUCCCUUUACGAGUUGCAUCGCACCCCACAAGAAGCGAUCACUGAUAACACAGAGAUCGCUGUCUCUCCAAGAAGUCUUCACAGUGAGCUUAUGUGCCCAAUAUGCUUGGAUAUGCUGAAAAAGACCAUGACCACCAAAGAAUGCUUGCACAGAUUCUGCUCGGAAUGCAUCAUCACAGCUUUGAGAUCUGGGAAUAAGGAGUGUCCCACUUGUAGAAAGAAACUUGUGUCAAAGAGGUCCUUGAGGCCUGAUCCUAAUUUUGACUUAUUGAUAUCCAAGAUAUAUCCCAGUCGGGAUGAAUAUGAAGCUCACCAGGAGCGUGUUUUAGCAAAACUCAAUAAGAGCCAUUCCAGGGAAGCUCUUGUGCAAUCAAUCAAAGAGGGAAUUAAAAUGCAGUCACAGAAUAGGCCCAAUAGAGGGAGAAAAACAAAUGAUCCAAAUGUGGCUGAUAAUCAGGAUGAAAAUGCUCCUAUUGUACCUAAUAAUGCCAGUGAAAAUGUGCCACCCGUGCAACUCAACCCCGUUGCCCCCCAAGCGGCUGCCCCUGCCGCGCCCACCCCGCCGCCGCUGGCCACGCCCGCCCCCACCUUAGGAGCGGUCCCGGUCCCGCCCCCCGGCCACGCCCAUCCGCCCAGUCCGUCUCCGUCUGGGCGCAGCACGCCCUCGCAGCCGCCCAGUCCGGUGUCGUCCAGCGUCAGCUCUGUUGCCAAGUCGUUCGGUAAACGGCCCAAAAGUGUACUGACAUCGGAGAGGAGCGAAGAGAGCGAAUCCAGCGAAAGGACGGAGCAAACUGAUACCGAGGGAGAGGGAAAUUCGGAACCCAGGACUUUGAACGAAAUCGAAUUGGUCUUCAAGCCCCAUCCGACCGAAAUGUCGGGCGAGGAGGUGAAAGCUCUCAAAGAAAAUUCGAUAAGAUACAUUAAAACCACGGCCAAUGCGACCGUUGACCACCUCCACAAGUACCUCGCGAUGCGCCUCACCUUGGACCUCGUCGAUUCGCAACUGUCUUCGACGCACAGCCUGCUCAACUUUUGCAUUUACAUAUCGCCAAUGGCGGGACAGUAUGUCCAGCUCAACGGUAACCAAACUCUGGGACAAGUGAAUGACAAAUAUUGGAAGGUGAACAAACCAUUGGAAAUGUUCUAUUCCUGGAAAAAGACAUAGGGAAUGCGUAAGGGGCCCAAAAAGGCUCCCUAAAAGGGAUCGAUGUAAAGUAGAACAAUUAUUAUUGUUCAGGGGCGGAGAAUUGUAUAUCGGAAUAUUGAAAGUUUUACUGAAAAUUCGGACGGAAUCAUGAUUUUUUUCUCAUCU